UUUUCGAAUCGGAUCUAUUCGAGUUUGUUUUUUGGGGGUCUGGAUCUAUCCGGAUUGAUUCCUUUCGGUUCUGUUUUAUUCGGAUAAAAGAAUUUUGGACCGAAAGAUAUUUGUAAAUUUUCUGUUAGGUUUCGAAUGGAAUAGUUUUAGGUGGUUCCUGUUAGGAUUUGGGUUUUGGGAUUGAGGUUAAAAUGCGCGGGCCUAGUCACCUAUGCUCUUCCAUCCCAUCGAGAAGGAAAACAAUAAGAAGGAACAUCAAUCAAUCAUUAAGAAAAGUUGGACUCUAAUGGCAACACCGAAUCAGGAAGCAAUCGACACUUUCAUUAGCAUCACGGGGGCCUCAGUAUCCGUCGCCGUUCAGAAGCUCCAGGUUAUUAUUGUUUCCAUGUUUUUAGAUGCUCUAUGUGUUGUCUGCUUUAUUGGAAUUUCUAGAGUAGCCAAAUUGAAAGUUCGUGAGACACGAUCAUCGGCUAUUGAUCUCUGAUUGAUUUUCAGAAUGUUAGGUCAUUGGAUUGGAUGAUCUGAUUGAGAGAAUAGUGGUGAUCUUAGUCAAGCUGUGAAUGCAUAUUACAGCGAGGGAUGUCAAAAUUCAGUACCAGUGAACAUCCCUCUAGACAAUGCAAUGGAAAUAGAUGAUGUGAUUCCGGCUCCUCUAGUGAUACCUAUAGAGGUUAGGGAUAGCACUGGGCCAUCAGAUGAUGCUCCUAGUCCUAUUAUUAAUGAUGAUGAUGAUGUUCCAACAAGAACAAGUAGCCAAGUUAUACCUGCACCCAAUAAUAUUCAAGAUUACAAUGAUAUUGAAGAAGAGAUGAUCCAAGCUGCCAUUGAGGCCUCAAAAAAGGUGUUAAGUAAUCAUUUGCCCAUUGAGAGGCCGCCGUCUUCGUCUCACAUGGGAGAUGGUGAUGACAUAGCAAAAGCUGUCACAAUGUCAUUGAAGUCAGGGGAGGAAGAAGUUUUGCGCAAUCAAGGAGGGUUUAACGCCUCAACCUCGGAAACAGGAGCGUCUGAAACGGCUGCUGCUCAAGGACCUGAACGUAGUACCCAAGCCCUGAAUGGAAGAUUGGCUGCACCUAGCUCACCAUUUGAGGAUCACUCUGAUGAUGAGGAACCUCUUGUUAGACACAGGCCAAUACGUGUGGCAUCUGGAUCUCUGGCCCAACCUGAUGCUGAUCGUUCCCGGAGCACGAGUCCUGAAGGAGAUAAUCAAGCGGACAAUGGCAAUAGAAAUAGGUUUCCUUCUGAGUGGGGAGGCAUUUCGUCUGAGGAACAUGAUGAAGCUGUCAUGCUCGAGGCAGCCAUGUUUGGUGGAAUUCCCGAAACUGGAUAUAAUCAUCUUCCCUUCUUACUUCCUCAGCAGAGGGCACCACCACGUCCACCUUCACCUUCACUGACAGCUCAGAGGUUGAUACGCGAACAGCAGGAUGAUGAGUAUCUUGCAUCCCUGCAAGCGGACCGAGAUAGAGAACUACAAUCCGUUAGAGAUGCUGAGGCACGUCAGUUAGAGGAAGAAACUGCUAGACAGGCUUUUCUGGAGGAAGCUCAAAGAAAACACGAGGAGGAACAGGAGCUAGAGAGGCAACUAGAUGCAAAAGAAGCUUCUCUACCUAAGGAACCACAUGCAGACGAAGAGAAUGCUAUUACUCUUCUAGUCAGGAUGCCAGACGGAACUAGACAUGGCCGCCGAUUCCUUAGAUCCGACAAACUCCAAUCUCUGUUCGACUUCAUAGACAUAGCCAGAGUGGUGAAACCCAAGACUUACAGACUGGUGAGACCUUACCCUCGUCAUGCGUUUGGGGAUGGGGAAAGUGAGUCCACUCUGAACCAUCUUGGUUUGAGCAGCAAACAAGAAGCAUUGUUCCUUGAGCUCAUCUGAGCACAAAAUAUACUCCACCCUCCUCUUACAUUCGUCUUCCGUCUUUCAUGUUAUUUUUUCAUCUUUCUUUCUAUAAAAGAAAAACAAAUUUGUUGGGUGUUAUCAUAAAGUAUUCGUACAAUCGUCGUUUUAGGCGUUUCACUUGUACAUACGUUACAUUGCCUGCAGAAAAAAAAAAGUCCAAACUGAGAA